UAGGGGUCCCAGCGAGCCUGCGGCUCCGGGCGGCAGGGCGCGAUGGAGGCGCCAGCCGAGCUGCUGGCCGCGCUCCCUGCGCUGAUCACGGUGCUAGCGCUGCUGCUUGCCUGGUUGGUGCUGCGGCGCGGGGAGGCCCCAAAGCCAGCGCCCCCAGUGGAGGCCACCGGGACCCCGACGCCGCCCAGUCCCUGCGCCCCGGAGCCCGCGGGACCCGGAGAACCCGAGGGCCCGGAGGGGCCCGGGGAGCAAGCUGCAGCGCCGGCAGAGGUGGAGGAGCUGACGGCAGAGCCCCGGCAGGAAGAGGAGCAGGACUCAGAUGGUGACAAGGACCCAGCCUCUGCAGAGCCAGAAGAUGAGGACAGAGAGGCCUUCUCCUUUAAGUACAGCCCCGGGCAGCUGAGGGGAAACCAGUACAAGAAGAUGAUGACCAAAGAAGAACUGGAGGAGGAGCAGAGGAUUGAGCUGACCUCUGACCUCACUUCCCUGUAGCAAGUUCUCUAGGUCCUGAGCCACAAACAUUCUUGCAAAACUUUUGAACUGAAGAAUAAUGAAGUUAUCCUUAGCUUCCUCCUGAAUGCUUUCCCUUUUGGCAUCUUUAACAGCUUGAGUGAUAACACAGAAGCCCCCAGAGAGGAGCCCACACAGUUGGGGGUGGGCUUACCUACAAAUCUCUGAGAUGCAAGACCCCUCCCUGACUGGCAAGACCCUUGGCAGUGCCUUCGGCCUUGCCCUGCUUGGAGAUGCUCACCCCAACUGAAUGGGUCCCUUUGUUAAGCUGAAGGGUUUUAAGAGAUGAGUCAGACUUUGAGUUUCUCUCACCACCCAAGCUUGCUCUCCACAUAUCCGUUACAACCGAGGAAACACCAGCUUCAGUGUCUCCAACAUUUUAAAAAUCAGAGUGCAGUUUAUCUCAGCCUUCCUCCUUUUGUGCUCACUGAAGCCAACCCACAAAAGACUGAGGAAUGACAGACCAGUGCGGCUAAACUCGGUAGCUCUGUCAGGGAUGGCUGACGGGGCCCUCUUCCUCUUGUGGGCUCCUUCCAGAGAUGACGGGUGCCAUAUUGAUUACUGCAUCACAAAAAGCCAAAGCCAGUACUGGCUUCACCACUACCCUCCUGUCACCUCGAGGUGGUGGGGGUCUAGGCCUCUUGUUGCUAAAGAGGCCCUUUCACUGACAUUUUUACCAGCUCAGCAGAAUCUCCACUUUUGCUCUGGCAGAAGCAAUAAGAAUUAUGUUAGUUUAAGAGAUUUCUGGGCUAUGCCUUGUCCUGGAAGGUUUCAUAGGUUAGGUAAACAGAUCACUCCCAGUUUAGCUUCUUGGAAUUUUAUAUUUGACAUUUAUACUAGACCAAUUUAUAGUACUUAGAUUUCUUAGUUAAAACACUUUUUUCUAGAGCAAUAAGUUUACAGGAAAACUUUGCAUUUAAUGGAAGGCUGGGAAAUGUCCAACAUCCGCUCCCAGGCAAGGACUUCCGGCCGCCUUCACCUUGGCUUCCAUUCCUUCGGUUCAGGGCUUCAGGCAGAACAGGGGACAAAGGAACAGCCACACAGCCAAUGCCUUUGACACAGAGCCACGUGUGAUGAGCAGAUGUACUCGUGCAUUUCUCAGUAGCAAUAGUGAUAGCCCUGUCCGAGCCAGGAUAUUAGUAAUAGGAAGAAUAUGAAGUAGUGACUCCCUCUGAGUGUAGUUGUCUAGGUUUGUCUGGAAACUUCCAGACCUGGCUUGUAGGCAGCAGGCCUUGUAUAGCCUAAUGGCCUGACUCUGUAUUCUGCCUUUCUUGGGUCCAAUAAACUUUGGGUAGAUGACCUUG